AUAAAGAUCUGAACCGAAAAUUGAAAAAGGUUGUGGAAAUUAAAAAAAAAAAUGGAGCUCAAGUCGAUAUUUUUAGUUUCGAUUCUACUCUCAAUUCAUUGUGCGAUUGGGAAAGAAGUUGCACUGGGGGAGGAUUAUGUUCGGCCUCAGCCUCGCAAAACCCUAAGCUUCCCAUGGAAACCCAAGCAUUCUUCUGAACCCCAACAGGUUCAUAUCUCCUUGGCUGGGGAAAAGCACAUGAGAAUCACAUGGAUAACUGAUGAUGGAUCAUCUCCUUCAAUUGUCGAAUAUGGAACUUCCUCUGGAGAAUACACAUCAUCUUCUCAGGGAGAAAACACAUCCUAUGGCUACUUAUUAUAUAAUUCGGGUACUAUACACCAUGUAGUUAUUGGACCCCUUGAAGAUGACACGGUUUAUUAUUACCGAUGCGGAGGUCAGGACCCACAAUUCCAACUCAAGACCCCUCCUUCUCAAUUUCCAGUAACUUUUGCAGUAGCUGGUGAUCUUGGUCAAACUGAAUGGACAAAAACCACUCUAGAUCAUAUUGGUCUGUGCAAAUAUGAUAUGCAUCUAAUUCCCGGUGAUCUUUCGUAUGCUGAUUAUAUGCAGCAUCUAUGGGAUUCUUUUGGUGCGCUUGUACAGCCGCUUGCUAGUGCUAGACCUUGGAUGGUGACAGAAGGGAAUCAUGAAAAGGAGAGCAUACUAUUUUUUAAGUCUCCGUUUCAAGCAUAUAGUGCACGAUGGAGGAUGCCCUAUGAAGAGAGUGGAUCUACUUCAAACUUGUAUUACUCCUUUGAAGUGGCAGGGGUUCAUGUCAUCAUGCUUGGUUCUUAUACAGAUUAUGAUGAAGGCUCAGAUCAGUAUGCCUGGUUAAAGGAGGAUCUUGCUAAGGUCGAUAGAGAAAGGACACCAUGGCUGCUGGUGUUAUUGCAUGUCCCAUGGUACAAUAGCAAUUAUGCACACCAAGGGGAGGGGGAUGGGAUGAAGGCUUCUUUGGAGCCCUUGCUUUACGCUGCUGGUGUAGAUAUUCUAUUUGCAGGCCAUGUUCAUGCAUAUGAACGCUCGGAACCCAUCUAUAAAAAUGUGUUGGAUUCCUGUGGUACCGUACACGUAACCAUUGGUGAUGGAGGUAACAGAGAAGGAUUGGCUCACAGGUAUCACGACCCAAAGCCGCAGUGGUCAGUCUUCCGCGAAGCAAGUUUUGGCCAUGGUGAGUUAAAGAUUGUCAAUGGAACACAUGCAUUUUGGAGUUGGCACAGGAAUGACGAUGAUGAACCAGUGAAAUCAGACCAGGUUUGGAUCAACUCGUUAGUCUCCAAGGGAUGCAUUGGCAGUAAGAAGCACGAGUUCAGGAAGAUUUUGGCGAUGCACUAGUAUAUGCAUAUGAGCGAAUAAAUCUCUGUAGUGUUGAUCUUCUUGUUUGCUGCCGUUGUAAAUAUUUAGUGAAGUGGAAAAGAAAAGACUACAAUGUAAUGGGCUGUCGUUUUAGAUGCUUGAGAUAACCUUAUAACAUUUAAAUGAUAAAAUGUAGAAUUUGCACGCUUUACCUGAA